CAAAAUCCGUUUCUUAAUCACUUUCUACAAAAAAUACAAGGGCAGUUCGCUCUUUUUUGAGUGAUGGAUUCUCCUUUACUCGAAGAUGAGAAAUUCGACUUCGAUCUACCGUUAUCUCCAGACGAAGAAAGGGAUCAAGAUGAAGAAGACGAUGAAAUCUUCUUUGGUCCGAUCGGACACAACGAACGCUGUGUGGCUGCAAAAACAGAAACUAAAGUAUCGAAAUACAUUGACGAAGUUGAAAGCUUCAAACCAUUGAGCCCAUUAAACCCCGAACAAGUCGUAGAAAUCUUCAAAGAAGCCACAUCUAUGGCCCUUAUGUUCAGGACAAGUUCUUCUGAAGCUGUUGUGGAGGACCAAGACAAAAAGUCUAGUUCAGAUUUUCCAGAACUAAUCAGUGAUGAGGCUGAAUCAAGGCGCAGAGCAUUGAAGUGUGAAAAUACCAUAAAAAAUGAAGACGGCACUGCUAAAACUUUAGAAAACUCAACCAAAUUAACAGAAAAAAUGUCUGAAAAUGAAGGGGAUAAAUUUGUGGUCAGAAAACGAGUUUUAAAGGAACGAAAUAUAAAAUCAAGUAUCAACAAGGAAUCUCCAAAAAACACUAUCAUAAAACCGCAACUUGUGAAGAAAGGACAAAUUGCUUCAGCACAAAACAGGGGUAGUAAUAGUGUAUCAAAACUGCAGAAGUUCAAGACAAAUUCGAAAUCUACGUACCAAAAUUCUCCACUUAAAGUCAAUAAAAUGCUCAUAUAUGGGGUCGUGGAAGACAAUUCUCAGUCUCCUGCCAAUAAGAAGUCCGAUAUCAAGAAAUCAAGCGUGGGAACUCCAAGGAAAUUUUCUUCCUCGUCUUCAAAGGCUGACAGGUCCUUUUCAAGCACGAAAAGUUCAAGUACAAGUGAUACUUCCUUCACAGAAGAGACUACAAAACAGUCAAAGCUACCAAUGCCUUCCCAAAGUGGACUAAAGGCACCAGGUUUCAGCUCAGGACGCAGGAAAAGAACAAGUUCUAACUCGUCAAAUUCAAGUACAUCAUCUACUUCUGCCUUAAAUGAAACUUUUACUUUAACCAGAUCGUCAGGUUCUCCAAAUUCAACCAAACAAUCUAGAAAUAAUAAACCACAACCCAAUUCAAAACCAUUGCUUACUAAAAUUGGCCUUUCGAAACCCACCUUUGCGAAGCCAAAUGAGGUCCCAAAAACAAGCAAAUUGCAGCCUUUGAAAGCUUUGCAGCGGGCUCCCGCUGGCUCAGCAAGGAGUAUGUCAGCCACUGGCCUAAAGAGUCCAGCACAGACAAAGAGUAUACCAAGAGCUGCUAGUGCCGGGUCAACACCUUUAAGAGCUCAGACUCCUAUAGCUGACAGAACACCUAGCAAAGGAACCACACCCAUCAGACGUCGAAGCAGUAUUAAUACUUCUGCUAGUAUGGCAGCAAAGAAAAGACAGUCUAGUGGUUUGGUACCUCCAAGUGACACAGUUAAAAGGUCAACUACUCCUGUCAGGAAACUUACAUCAGAGGCUGCGUCAAAUGGUUUGGCUGUACAAAGAAAGGCUAACAGAGGAAUGAAAGGUGAAAGAAUAAACGAAAAGCCUGGCAAAGAUAAGAAACCAACUACACCUGAAAGUAAAUUGAAUGAUGAGGAAAAAUUCAUCACAACUCCAAAAAAUACAGGAGAAAAACAAACAAACGGUCAGAUGUCCAGAAGUGUCAACUGCAAGAAGCGACGCUCCUUCAUACCAACACCAAACCUUAAUCGCACUAUGGAACCUCAAAAAAAUGUCGAUUCUGGUUCUCCUCAAGCUCCAAGUCAUGUUCCAUUUAAUCUUUCACCAACGAUAUCAAAGCAAUGUGAGAAGACUGAAUCAAAUAAGGAGAACGAUGAACCAAUAGUAGUGCUUAAUUUUAACACCAGCGAUGAAGAAAAAGACCUGAAAUUUAUUGAUCCCCAAAGUCCUGAAUCACCAAAUGAAGAUACAAUUUCAGAUGCAACUCUCUCAGAAUUAAGUGACAAACAGUCCAGUGGUGUUUGUAAAACCAACAGUCCUGACGCAAUGCAGACUAAAGAACUUGAUCUAAUGAUACAAGAGAGCCCAUUGCCAAUAAAAAAAGUGUCUCUAGAUGACUUUGUAGAUCCAUUUUCUCCAGGGAUCCCAACACCUGAUCUUCCAAGUGAUGACUGUCUGAACCCAGUGGUUUUACAGAUUGACACUAAAGAUUUGAUUGAUCUAUCUCACAUGUCACCCAAACCAGAGCCCGACUUGAUCGACUUAGCUGCCGAGUCUCCAGUCCAUCUUGUAGAAGCCAAGUUGGUCGACAUCUAGACAAUCCCCAAAAUCUAAAAUAUUAUGAUUAGAAAUUUGGAAGUCGAAACGAAUUUUGUCAUAAACUUCAUGCUGGACAUAGCUGAUAAAUUUUGAAUUUCGGGUCCAAGCUGUCAAACAUUAUCGGCAAUGAAGAGACAUUAAUUGUGAUGAAAUUUAGAUUUUAGACAACACUUUUCAUUGCUAAGAGGCAAACGUUGCAGGAUAAUCGACAAUCGACUAACAGUAAUUGUAUAAAUCCUUUCAUGUACCUCUAGUGGUUCCCAUAUACAUUUAUUUUAACAAUAUUCCGCUUCACGGUUCCCUCUGCCAUCUUGAAAGGUAGCUGGGCCUUUGCAUCAAAGUGAGACGAAUGGUGAGCUUGCAAUGAUAGA